AUGCGGAGCCUUGCGGACCUGGCUGCGGAACCCACCACGGCCUCUUGGCGCGGCUCCGGUCAGAUACGGAUACGAAUCCGAUUCCGCGCUCGCCUUGCAAUAAAGAAGGGUUUCCUCCCGCGGCGCCAACGUCAACGACACCGAGGAUUUCCAUUCACCGGCGAUGAACAUCUCGGGGCGUUCCGAAACCGCGGGCCAAGUGGCAACCUCUAUGCCGUCGUCUGCCAAACCUUCCCUCGCCGUUUCCAGUUCCGAGCCGGGCGACACUGGAGAUUGUGUGGCCGGGUUCCCAACCUUAAGCGGGGCACCGCGUCUGUGUUACUCGUCGCGUAA